ACGACUACUCCAGAAUCUUAAAAAUCGAACUGUCAUCGGGCGAGGAAGAGAAGCUUUCGUCUUGGAACGAAAGCCAUGGACUGAACCCCAACGUCCGAUCUUUCCGAACGAGAAACGAGAGGUUUGGUGUCGAACUCAUCGCCAAAAUGAGAUCCAUUUGGCUGUCUGGUGGAUAAUUUUGCAUUAAAUUUCUUCCCAGAAUGAUCGAAUGGCCACCCAUUUCUUGUUUUUAGAUCUCAUAAUCAGGGUUCCGGAUCGAUCUUGGUGGAGAAAAUGUUCAUCCGGAGCUGAAUCCAGGUCAUAAAAUUGGUACAUUUUGGUUGAUUCUUCGGAAAAGUUUUGGGUUUGCUUGGUAGAUGAUCGAUUGGCGAAGGAAACCUUGCUGGCUCGAGGUGGAAUUAGGGAUUUCUGAGCUCAAUCGAGUGGUUUUCUUUGUCGAAAGACGCCAUUAAGGCUUGAUCGAUUUGGAGGUGGAAAGAAGAAUGCAAGAAAGACACCGAAGCCCGGCACCCCGGCGGAUCUCGCCGGAGAGCCCCGUCAGGGGGCAGAGGAAGUUCAAACCCUAUUCAAAUUACCGAAAUUUUCAGCGGAGAAGCUUUGAUGGAGACCAGCCGAAGCGGUGCUCGGAUUCCCCGCCCCAAAAGACUGAUGUCUGGAUCGAAGCUGGCCGGCUGGCGGCCGAAUACUUGGUGUCUAAGGGCCUGCUGUCCCCGAGCUUGCUCCCGGGGCAAUCGCCAAGAAAGGAGGAUAACAAGGUAUUGAAGGAGAAAGAAAGGGACUCUCUGGUGCCGGAGAGCAGGACUUCGGCAUUUGCUCGGCUUGGGAAUGCCUUCCCAGAAGUGGGCCAUGGGAGGAGGAGGAGAAAUGAUGAUGACCAUGACAGAAUGGGAUCAAGGAAUUAUUUGAGGAGGAGAAUGGGGCACUAUAGUAGAGGCCAAGGUUCAAGUUGGCUCCGAGACAAUGUAAGGAAUGCGCGAUGGAUAGAAAGAUCUUCGAGAUAUUCUAAUUCUGGGGAUGAGGACAAUGAUUUUGCUCCUCACUUCCAUAGGAGCCGGUGGAGCGGAUUUGAUAAAGGCAGAGGCAGUGCGAUGAGAUCACCUGCAGAUGAAGGAUACUCCAGAAGUGAUCGCAUAAGCCAAUUGAGAUCAGAAAAGGAGGAUGUUGAUGAAAUCAGAUCGAAAGUGAGUUCCUCUAGAGUCAAGAGAGAUCGUUCAAUUGUGUCUAGGUGGGAUUUGAAUGAAGGGGAUGAUGAUGGUACAACAUUUAAUUCAGUAAAUGCUGAUGAAUUGAAGAGCGAUUCAAGCUCCGAUUUGAAGAAGAAAGAUAUAGCAGUGGAAGAUCGACCACAAAGAAUGGAUGAUAAUAAUUUGUGGAACAUAAUCAGCCCAUUGAAAGUGCCCAAGAAACCCCGAUCAUCCGUGCGACUGAAAAGCCCAAAAUUUGAUCAAGUUGAUCAAGGACCCACCACCGAGGCAAAGAUUACUUUAGGAGCUACUGCCAAAGAAGCCUUCAAGGUGGCCCUGGAAGAAGAUUUGGAUAUGAAUAUAAUUAACAGCUCAAAAUGCCAUGAACCCGUCCUUUCUGCUAUUCAAUCUGUCCAGCCUGCGGAGGAAUCUGUGAAACUGCAAUAUGAAUCAAUUGAGAGGCCAUCAGGUUUAGGGACAUUUAGACCAAUUGUCGAUAUGAGAGAGGAGGUAAGUUUUGUACAGUGCAGCAACGAAACAGAGGGAAUCAAGCAUCAAAGACACUCAUCUUCUUCCAGGAUAGCUCAGGAGAAUGAGCACUCUUGCUUGCAUGGCUUAAGUGCGAAACCGUCAAACCCAUAUGAUGAGAACCUCUCACUGGUAAAAGAAAUGGUUGAUGUAGCAGAGCCAGAGAAGUUGGAAGAUCCUGUUUUAUUGUCAAAAAAUAAAUCUGAAGUUAAUGUUAUGCUUGAAGAAGAGAAGCAGCUUCCGCACAGUUCAUGUAGAAACUUUGAUCUUAACAUUAUGGAAACUCCUGAAAUAACUGAGAUUCCUGAUGAUCCUACUGGUGACCAUCUCCAUACUUCUCUCCCUGCUUUGGAGACUGAAAAGAAACUACCCAUAUAUCCUGGCUUUUUGAUGGGUAACACUACCAAUGCCGAUUAUGAACACAGGCAACUUGUCAACAAUGAAAAAGUAAUGGAAGUCAUUAAUGUGGAGGAUGAGUCCCCAGCAGAGGACAAUGUCUGCAAUCAUUUAAAAUCUAAUGAGACAAUUUAUUCAGGCCUGGAUAACUUUCUGAGCCACACAGCGCAUGUGGAUCUUUCUGGCAUUCAGGAUGGUUGUUCCUUUUCGGUUUCUAAUUAUCUUGCAACUGCUACCUUGGGGCAUCCAUCGACACAGCCAAACCUUAGUGACCUGCCAACAGGAAUGAGUCCUCAUGAUGCAGUGGCAAUUCCUGUUGAUGAUGAUCCAAUAUAUAUGUCGCUUGAAGAAAUCCCAUUUGGAAUCUUACAUACAUGAUCACUCACAAGCUCACCAUGCACUCAACUGGCAAUACCAAACACACACAGACAUAGACAAAAGAAAUGAUGAAGUGUACAAGGGUUAAUGAUCUUUGAUAGUCAGCACUGGUGUACUUGCUGUUUACGUAACAUUCAUGUGACAUGCAUGAAGAAGAAUUACUUUUCCAACAUUCUACUUGGAUUUUAUUUGAACUGUGUUAGAAUUUGACAAGUUUUUCAUUCGGCAAUUUCUUGUUUUUUACAGUUGAAUGUGGAUGAUUAAAAAAAAAAG